CGUAAUGACGUCAGUCAGACGUUCGAAAAAGAAGCGCGAGCUGAAAGUAGAGCCGCAGGUCGAUUGUUUUGCUGAACUUUGGGACUUGAAUCAUUUCGCUGUUUUUUCAGAGAAUGUCUGUUUUAAAACCUUUUAGCAAACUUCCUAAUCUGGACACGGCCAGCAUCCUGCUGGUGGAGAAUGAGGAGCAGGUCCAGCAGGGAUUAGCAGAGGCUCUGGUGGAGGAUUCGGCCCAAGCUGUGAAUGUGAGACUAGCCAGGAGUCUUCCUCUUCCUCUGGAGAACGAAAAGACUCGACCGAGGAUCGACCUGGUGGUGUUCAUCCUUAAUCUGACCUCAGACAAGAGUUUCAAGUCAGCAAACGAGUCUCUAAAGUAUCUGGAUCCUGGAUACUUCCUGGGGAAAGUCUGCUUCAUGGUUACUAACGCUCGCUAUGCCUCGGGCAACAUGGGAAGGCUGGACGCUGUCAGGAAGAUGGCCGCUUCGCUCCACUGCCCCCUGCUGUUUGCAGAGGUUCAGCAGAGUCCAGAAGGAGUAACGAAUGCGGCGCGAAGGCUGCUCACCAUCCUGAAAGUGGCAUCAGGUCUGGUUCCCAACACCUCGUCUCUGUACCUGUCCAACCUGACCAGGUGCACCAAGCCGCCGGACAUCGACCAGCCGAGCUUUGAUUAACUGCUCACCUGCUGUUUUCAUUUAUUUAUUAGGCCGUCUGUGUUUGCGGCUGCUCUGCCCGUAUGCGCAGCAGUGAAGCCUUAUGCUGUACAUGUUGCAUUUUAUUGUACACAUAUUAUGUGUAGUUUUUUUACCAAAUGGUGCUUUUUAAAAUCCUGUAAUAACAGAAAGUUUAUAGAUGUGUUUCUUUUUCUCCUACAAAUAAAAAGUGAAUGUUGGCUCAUAGAGACGAGUCUGUUGUCCUACAGUGAGGGUCAGAUGGGGGAGGAAAAGGUGUGUCACCUGGAGCGUGUCCACAGACACGGUCCCUAGUGUCACGUCUGCGUGCAAACACUAACACGCUCACUAUUAAUAGUUAUCAUUCUGGCACCUUUCCACCUCUGAGGAUAUUAAACGCGACCUCCGAUCGACCGUUACAAGGAGUCAGAGAGACAAAGGCUUUCUGCACAAACAAUGAGAACUUUUCCUGCUCCUAAAGCUGUUUUCUGUCUCCUCUUCACAGAGAUUAAAGUUUUAUCUAAACAACCCAGAAGUGACCUGAAGACCAAAUCUGCUUCGGCACUUUCCCCUGUUAGCACGAUAAUAGAGCGAGCAGCUGAUGACCUUCUGACUCUGGCAGGAGAUGUGAUGACGGUGGAGAGGAAGUUCAUCCAGCUGCUUUAGAAAUAUGCUUUACCAAAACGGGAGAAAAGCUGGAUUAAACUGACCUAAAGCUGCUCUCAUUCGCUAGUUUUCCUCCUGAUGUUUGAUUAGCAUCAAAUCACAUAAACCUGUCAUUUCAAAGCACUUUAUGGAAACUAAUUAAUCCAAGCUUUAAUUUUUUAGCCUGUUAAAAACAGCUGAUUUAGCUGCUGUUAGGAAUAAAUCAAUUAAAAAUUUUAAUAGAAAAAGAUCCUGAGAAAUAUUGGAGAUGUCUGCAGGUCAGUGAUGCUUGUUUUUAUCAGUAUAAUUAAUGCAUCAUCGUUCUUUACACCCAUUAGAAUCUGAUGGAAACCUUAAUGUUUUCAAUAAAGGCUGAUUCACAACAUUUGAACAAAGAUACAAAACAUCCACAUUAUGAUGUAGAUGGAACUAAAAACUUAUUUUAAUAUGCGGCUUUUGUAAGAUGACAUUUUUUAUAUUUGUGCAAUAAUUGUGAUGCACGAACUGGAGCACUUUUUUUAUCUCAUCUAUUUCAUCAUGUUGCUGAAUACUUACAAACAUGCAAUAUUAAAACAUCUUCAAAAUAAAAACAUCACAAAACAAACAAUCCCAAUACGUAAGUACAAUAAAAUGUGGAGUAAUAUGAGCUUAAAGGCCCUCAUUUAAAAAAUGUGCAACACGAUGAAUGUCUUCUACUGUUAGCAAAGCUGUUACCUACUUUACUCAGUUCUUAAAAUAAAUGCUUAUAUAAAACAUAUUUAGGCCUAA